AUGUCAGGCCAAAGAAUUACACGGGAUGCAUUUGAUGCUGUAGUACAGGAGAAGAUGAAGAGAUAUAGAAUAAGCAUGGACCAAGCAGUUGCUAACACUGUACGAGAGUUUCAGAUGGAAGGACAAUCAAAAAUGGACAAAUAUGAUCCGCAUUUUAGAGACCAAGAAAGACUUUCCUUUCGCGAUUCUUCACAUGAGCCUUUGAGCAGAACGUGGGAUACCGACAGGAGAAGAGACAGUGGUUCAAAUCCUUUAUAUUUUCGUGAAUUAGAAGGGAAAUCCUCUGGUGGCUUACUUUCAGAUCCAUUGUUGAACAGAUGGGGUUCUGUUGAUCCGCUUUUAAAGGAAAGGUUAUACAGAGAAGAAAUGUUAACCCGAAAUUUGGAUCUUAAUCGCAGGAAAUGGGAAUUUGAACGUAGUUCUUUAUCUGGCCCAGAGCUCAGCAUGGGCAAGUCAGAUUCAUAUAGAGAAUUCCAGCACUCCCAAGGUUUAGAGCUUGGUCCUAGAUCAGUUAAGCAAGCACGUGGAGUAAUGCAGAUGUCAGGAAAAGGGCAAGGAGGGCAGCGUUUCGGUACUGGCAGACUUGCAGCUAAAGCUGGGGAAUCCUCCGGUAGAAAACAUAACCCUCAAAGAAAAGUCAUACUAGCUGGAGACAAUGAGUUAAGUGAGCAGAUUGUAACAUGGGCCAGGUUCCACAAUGUUAAAGAUGAUCCUGACCUUUUGAAACAACACAAAGUCCUUUUCAAGGUGAAGACUGAAGUUUGUAAAAUAAUUGUUAACUGUUUUAAAGGUCGCCUAUCUGCCCAUCACACAGAGCUUUGUUUUUCCAGUCUAAAACCUAUACCUCAUCCAGCCUUGUUUAGUCCAAAAAUAGAUAAUGAUCUUUUGGAUUUUUUAGUGGCAACAAAAACCGUGGCUGCUAAGAAUGAUUUCUUUGACGCAAUCAAGCCAUUCGACAAGGAAAUGAUGAUUUUACAGCAGCGAUUGCUGAAGUGUGUAACUCCAUUGCUGUUAUCCUGUAAUACAUUUGAACUAAAGUAUCCUAUUCUCACGGAUCCAAAACAACUACUUGGUGCUCUGGACAACACCAUGUUUUUGGCCAGGAAAUCCUUGGUGCUUUUGGGGCAGACAUUUGCAUUAGUCACUUCUCUCAGACAAAACAAUGUCAUGGAAGUCCUGGGGAUCAGUGAAGCAGAGUUAAAGCCCUCAGAGUAUCCCAAUUUCAGCGACUCUUUUCUGUUUGGGAAGGAAUUUAUUACAAAACUGAAAGAUUGGCUCAAAAAAAGUGGACGCAAGUUAACACUGAAAUCUAAAGCCACAGUACCCAAGGAAGCCACAGUUGUCAGAGAAGAAAUUGAAGAAAGCACACCUGCUGACCCGAAUGUUGUUGCUACAAUAGAUGAGCUUCUGGAAUAUGCAAAAAAAGGCGAUGAAGCAGAAGGAGAAAAGCCUGCAUUUUGGUUCUUAUUUGAUAAAAAAAGCAGUGAGUAUAAAUAUUAUCACCAAAAGCUAGAACAGUUCUAUAAAUCCACAGAUCACUUGGAUGUAAAGAAUACUCAAACCACAAAAGCAAAGAAAUCUGAAGAGCUGACUGUAGAGGCCGUGAGGGCAAUGCUGUAUGCCAAAAAGGCACUGCAGGUGAAGAGGAAGCUUUUUGGUAGUUUGGCUUUAUCAAGAAAGCGGAAAGGAAUAAAACCUGUGUGCCGCCUGUCCAAAACUAUGAAGGCCCGCAGAAAGAUAAGGAAGGUGAGCCAGAAGGUGGGACAGAAUGUAAAUCAGGACAUCAAAAAAGAGACUGUAACCCAGGAGAUAAAGAAAGAUAAUGUAACCCCUGCAGUUAAGGAGGCGGAGGCCACUCCGAUCAAGGAGGAGGAGGAGGCGGCAGUCAGGAAGGAGGAGGAUGUCGAGGAGGUGGCGGCCACCCCAGCGGCCAAGGAGGAGGUGGCGGCCACCCCAGCGGCCAAGGAGGAGGUGGCGGCCACCCCAGCGGCCAAGGAGGAGGUGGCGGCCACCCCAGCGGCCAAGGAGGAGGUGGCGGCCACCCCAGCGGCCAAGGAGGAGGUGCCAGCAGACACUCCAGUGGUAAAGAAGGAGGCGGCCGCCACUCUGGCAGUCAAGAAGGAGGCAGUGAUCAAGAAGGAGACAGCGGCGGCCACUCCGGCAGCCAAGAAGGAGGCAGCAGCCAAGAAGGAGGCGGCGGCCAAGAAGGAGGCGGUGGCCACUCGGGCAGUCAAGAAGGAGGCGGUGGCCACUCGGGCAGUCAAGAAGGAGGCGGCGGCCACUUCAGCGGUCAAGAAAGCAAAUGUGACCCCAGCAGUGAAAAAACAGACUGUCAAACCAGUACAGGAUGCUUCAGGAAAGAAUUCUUCUAGCAAAGUAGAACCAAAGGGACAAGAGGUACCAUGCAAAAGUUCUUCAGGCACCACCAGUAAACUGAAAAAGGAUCAGUCAUCAGAUGUAAAAGCUGAGGAAACUAAAGAAUCACAGGUUUCAGAUGUUGAUGAGAAGACGAAGGAUACUGCAAUAAAAUUGGCUCAGUUUGUUGUUCAGAUGGGUCCUGAGAUUGAGGAAUUUAGCAUGCAAAACAGCGUAAAUAACCCUGACUUUUGGUUUUUACGUGAAAAAGAUAGCCCGGCAUAUAAAUAUUACAAAAGUAAGUUGGAAGAAUUCAAGCAAGAGCAACAGGAAGUAACAUCUGAUGUAGAUGAACAGGGGAGCGUCAAGACAGGUGAUGAAGAUGUUGAAAUGGGUGCCGAGGCUUCUGCCGCAGACAACACUUCAGUAGCUGCAUUUAGCCAAAUGCCCACUCCUUCUAGGCCUCCCAUUCUUCGUAAGAGGGUAGCAAAGCUCAAGGUUGGCAUGCUUCCAGCAAAAAGGGUGUGUCUUGUGGAUGAGCCACAGGUUCAUGAUCCAGUUCGUAUUGACUAUGAACGUCCCAAAGGUCGUGGAAACAGGAGAAAGAAACCAGCAGAUUUAGAGUUCACUAAUAAGAAGUUAACCCAGCACAAUGUGGGUUUUCAGAUGUUGAGUAAGAUGGGAUGGCAAGAAGGUCAAGGACUUGGAUCUAGUGGAUCUGGAAUCAAAAACCCUAUAAAAGUGGGUACAGUCUCUGCUGGGGAGGGCCUGGGUACUGAAUUAAAAGAACCCGCUCAGUCCAGAGAUGACAACUUUGAUGCUUUUCGUCAAAGAAUGAUGUCUAUGUACAAGCAAAAAAUUUCCAAAUAA